AUGAAGACCACCCUCGUUGUGGCGGCCGCCCUCGCAGGCUCCGCGCAAGCUGGAGUCCACAGGAUGAAGCUGCAGAAAGUAUCUCUGGAGGAGCAGCUGGCCGGCGCCUCCUUCCAGUCCCAGGUGCAGCAUCUCAGUCAGAAAUACCUCGGCGUCCGCCCUCCGUCCCGCGCCGACGUGAUAUUCAACGGCAAGCCUCCCGUGGCCGACGGGGGGCAUCCUGUUCCCGUGACCAACUUCAUGAACGCUCAGUACUUCUCCGAGAUCACCAUCGGCACGCCGCCUCAGUCCUUCAAGGUCGUGCUCGACACGGGCAGCUCCAACCUUUGGGUUCCCUCCAAGUCCUGCUCCAGCAUCGCCUGCUACCUGCACUCGACGUACGACUCGUCGUCGUCGUCGACGUACAGGAAGAACGGCUCCGAGUUUGAGAUUCGCUACGGGUCCGGCAGCCUCUCCGGCUUCGUCUCCAACGACGUCAUGUCCAUCGGCGACCUCAAGAUCAAGGGCCAGGACUUUGCCGAGGCGACCAACGAGCCCGGCCUGGCCUUUGCCUUUGGACGCUUCGACGGCAUCCUCGGCCUCGGUUACGACACCAUCUCGGUCAACCGCAUCGUGCCGCCCUUUUACAACAUGAUCAACCAGAAGCUCCUCGACGAGCCCGUCUUCGCCUUCUACCUCAGCGACAAGGAGGAGACCAGCGAGGCCAUCUUUGGCGGCAUCGACAAGGCCCACUACACGGGCGAGAUUGAGUAUCUUCCCCUGCGCCGCAAGGCCUACUGGGAGGUCGAUCUCGACUUCAUCGCCUACGGCCACGAGGUCGCCGAGCUCGACAAGACGGGCGUCAUCCUGGACACGGGCACCUCGCUCAACGUCAUCCCGAGCUCGCUCGCCGAGCUUCUGAACAAGGAGAUGGGCGCCAAGAAGGGCUACAACGGACAGUACACCGUCGACUGCGCCAAGAAGAAUACUCUUCCCGACAUCACCUUUUCGCUUGCCGGUUCCAACUACACCCUGCCUGCGAGCGACUACAUCCUCGAGAUGUCCGGCACCUGCAUCUCGACCUUUCAGGGCAUGGACAUUCCGGCGCCGGCGGGCCCGCUCGCCAUCCUCGGAGACGCUUUCCUCCGAAGGUACUACUCCGUCUACGAUCUCGGCAGGAACGCCGUCGGCCUCGCGAGGGCCAAGUGA